AUGCGAAGUCAGGAAGCAUCAUUGUGUGGAGAGGAGGCUGAUAACAUGUGGUUCUGGUACACCGCGAAAACUCUGAAUGCCAGUAUUUUACACGAUACCGAGGAUAACCCGCACAUCGGCGAUCCGAUUACGGAGAAUCCUAAGCACAAAAACGACAGUCAGGAAGACGAAGAGGAUAACGACGCUCCAGAAUCCGAAGAAAAUCUGAGUAACAAAGAGGAAGAUUUUAAUGAUGAGACGAAUGAGGAAGCUGCUGCUGAUGAGCUCGAAGCUUUUGAAAUUCGCAUGAACAUUUCAUCGGGUUGGCUGGGAAACGCAACCGCCGAAACAGAUGUCUAUUCCAUGUUGAACCCGUGGUGUGGUCAGAUACUGAACUACUUGGCUGAAUCCGGUUUAAGUUCACACUUGAUCAACAUACUCGCGUACCCGAAACUGGGCUCGCUCUAUAUUUACAUGGAUGUUCACCUGAUAUACUACAUGAGCGAGGAUGAGUUUAAACUAUUGCCAAAAACAGAAGAGAUAGUCGGUCAGUUGGAGGAGUUUGCGAGCAAAUACGAGGGAUUAGUGAAGCUGGCGGAUUUUGGAUCUAAAGACGAAGACGAGACCCUCUUCCCCGAUUGCGUGACCCAACCUAACGAAGAUGAAGGUUAG